CCCUCCUUCGAAUGCUGUGUGUCGGCUGUCAAACGAGAAAUGUGAAAAAUUAAACUGCGUGUGUUUUGGAUUUCUUUUCCCUUGUAAAACCCGCAACAGAAAAUAUUUUGCAGCAGCAGCAGCACCACCAGCAGCGGCCCCGUUUUGCUCUGUCCGGCUUCUGUUCUGGCCGUAAGCUCCCGGUUCACGCACGGUUUUGGAGUGCACUCAAUCAGCCCACAACACACCAGAAUGGAACCGUUCACCUGCUUCAUGGAUGUGGAAAAUUCGCGCUCCUACAUCGAUGAGCUGUACUCGGAGGAAAACUGCAAGUGUCAGGAGGCGAUCGUCUGUCUGAAGAAUGCCGUCAUCGGAUCGAACAAAAAGAAGGGAUCGAUCAUAUCGCAGGGCAUCGUGCCGCGGCUGAUCGCGCUGCUGUGCAAUGCCGGGAAGCCGCUGCAGCUGCGGAUCGAUGCCGGCAUCGUGCUCGGUUCGCUGGCCAAGGGUACCGAGCAGCAGGUCCACUCGCUGAUGCGCUUCAACACGGUGGACGUGCUGAUAACGAUCAUCUUCGAUCCCAGCACCAACGAACGGCUGAUGGAAACGUGUCUCGGUGCACUGCAGACGAUCGUGCAGUAUCCUUUCGCGCCGUUGGAUCUUCUCCACUCGGACAUAAACAACAUUAGGCGCCUGAUUCAAAUUGCUUCACCCCGGAGCAGCUUUGCGUGCCAGAUGUACGUGGUCAACAUUUUCGUUCCUCUCUGCCACUCCUCGCACCAACAGAAGAACCUAUGCCAGGCGGAUGUGAUACCGUUUCUCGCGCGGCUCAUGAUCAGCGACAACACGACGCUGCAAGUACCUGCACUGAAAUGUUUGGCAGCGAUGUGCUUCACCAACAAAUCGGUCUCCAGCCUGGUACACUCGACGUAUCACGCCGAACGCUCCAUCCUGGACAUACUGACCGCGCUCCUCUCGCGGACGCGCGACAUCGAGGUACAGCUGGCCGCCAGCCGGUGUCUCACGUAUCUGCACCGGGCCGGUUCCCUGCCGGCGGACGAUUAUCGGAUCGUGUACAAAACGUUGCCCUGCCUGGCCCGGCUCUGUUCGGACGAGUUUGGCGAGUAUAUCCGGGCGACGGCGGCCGAAACACUCGCCUAUCUGGCGGAAAUCGAUUCCGAGCUGCAGCGGUUGGCGGCGAUCAGCAAUCAUCUGAUAGCGUCGCUCGCGAAUCUGAUCAAAUGUCCGUCGGUACUGUCGAGACAGGGUGCGUUCCGGUGUUUUGCUUCUUUGGCGGCCAACGACGAAGAAAUCCGGAAGCGCAUCAUCGAGAUGGAUGGAUUGAUGGAGGAGGUGCUAAAUGGGCUGAAGGAUGGUUGUCCGGAGGUUCGACUGUCAGCGGUACGAUGUCUUCAUUCGCUUUCCCGUUCGGUGCAACUACUUAGAACCACGUUUCAGGAUCAUUCGGUGUGGCGCCCGCUAAUGGAUUUGCUAUCCGGCGAACCCUCGCUCGAGCUGCAAACGGUGGUCACAUCGACGAUUUGCAAUCUGCUACUAGAAUUCUCACCUGCCAAGGAACCAAUGCUUGAAUCCGGUGCCGUCGAGAUGCUGUGCGAGCUUACCAAACAUCCCGAUCCGGCGCUCCGAUUGAACGGAAGCUGGGCAUUGAUGAAUAUGGCUUUUCAGGCCGAACAGCACGUUAAAACAAAAAUCAUCAACACACUAGGAACGGAUAGGAUAUUUCAAUUGCUGGGCGAUCGGGAUGAGCGUGUCAUUAUGAAAACGCUCGGCCUGUUGCGCAACCUGCUGAGCAACACGCUCCACAUCGAAACGAUCAUGUCGGAACAUUCGAGUGAAGUUUUGCGGGCGGUGAGUCUCGUGCUGGAUGAUCCACACCCGCCGGAGGUAAAGGAGCAGGCGAUAAUAAUCAUCGGAAACAUUACGGCCGGCGCACGGGACGAAGAUUAUGUGCUGCAGGAUGAAAAGAUUGUCAAAAAGAUUAGGGAUUUUUUGGUCGCCAACGACAAUAAGCUGCAGAUGGGUGCCGUGUUUGUCGUGCGAAACCUUCUGGGCAAGAGCGGCCGGCAGCAUAUACUGCGACAGUGGGGUUUUCUCGAAAAUCUCGAACAGCUGCUACACAUGACACCGCAACACUCGCAGUUCUAUGAGGACAUACGGGAUGAAAUUUUAAGGUUUGACUACUCCGAAGACCAUUGAAAGCUAUUUGUUUUGUUAUCGUUUUGUUACUGCUAUUAUGUUUCUCCUUCCUUGCCUUCGGUCGUCGUCUCCUGAUUUGUUUUCGCGCGGGUAGAUUUUUUAAUAGUUGGGCGCUCCCCACAUCAAAACAGGGCGCACCCAUCCAACCCCCACCCAUUCAACACAAUUGAACCAUACGCCAUUCGCCUAGCGAAAAGCUUUAUUAGGGUGGUGACCAUUUUAGUGGGACAUUUCGUCGGACAUUAAGGUUUUUUGUAAUAGCCCUCCUUUGUGUGAGACAUUUUUCUUCGCAGCGUUUUGUUUUUCCUUUCUCGCAAUGGUUACAAACAGAUCGGGGAGCGCUGCUCAGCUGGGAGAGGAGGAACAGUUUUCUAGUAACGAUUGUAAGGUGGUAAGAAACACACAUGCAUGCAUUGACACCUUGUUUACUACCGGAAAAGAUAUUCGAGCGGCGUGUAGCGAUAGGUUCCUUCCGCAGCUAUCCGCCACGCCCGCAGAUUUAACGUUUUACGUGCGCCACACACGCUCCUUCCAUAUAAAAAGAGUCCGGUGUAGAAAAACGGCCAAAAGAAAACGAAGAAAGAAGCAAGUCGACACUAGGAGCUAAAUAUGGUUAAAAACAGAAACAAACAAACACACAAACACACAAAAGCUAAGCCAACAGGAGAGUAGAAUACGAUGUCGCCGAGCGCUUGUUAAGUUUACUCUAAUUUUAUUAAUUUAUUUAGGAAACGGUGUCAAAAAUUAACCGGGCAACAGAAACAAACCAGUGAAUUUAAACGGCGAAGCAUGUUUCUUUAAAUGGCAAGGAGAGAGACAGAGAACGCAAAGGAUGUGCGGUGUGGCGCUCAACAUACAGCACUUUUUUUCCCCUAAACGCGAUCGAGAUCGAUUCAUUCAAACAGGAAAAACUACUACAACUACUUUGCAAGAACUACUACAACUACUUUGCAAGCGAGCUCGAUGUGUAGAGGAAUGGUGGUGUGCGUUGGUUUUUUUUGUGUUGGCUACUGGCAAGCCCAACCGAAAAAAAAACAAAACUUUUUCCAGGUGUAAUAUGGUGUAUAUGGAAUGAAUGUGAUCGUUGUUUUCGUUUUCGUUGUUGUAGGAGGAAGCAGGGAACACAUGCCACCCACCCCCUCCAUUUCGAUACACCCAACAUUGAACGAUUGUUUGUGUAGCAAAAUGGGGGGGGGGUGGAGGGUGAGCCAUGUAAGGUGCGAUAGGAAGGAAGGAGAAGAGGAGGAGAAGGGAGGAAGGAAGAGAGUCACGCGAACAGGAGAAAAGCAAGGAGAGACACACACACACACACACACAAUAAAACAGAUGAAACCAU